CAAGAUCUGUGAAGGCUUGUAAUAUAUUCACUGCGGCGACGGUGCUGCUGCUGCUGCUGUGCCCUGCUCUGUUCGCUGGUGACGAAGCUGCCUGACCAUUGUAAGCAGCCUCCAUACAAAUUUUGGCUCGCAUGCAAAUGGACGUCACUUUCGAAGCUUGCAAGCCGCGUUCAUAGCAGCUGGAACUCAACACGCGAACAUGUCGAAGAGGCGAGCAGAAGACGCACUCGAAGCCACUACAACAAACUCACCUGUAAUCAAGAAGUCCCGCAUGCAAAGUGCUGAUGAACCACCACCACCUCCGCCUGAUGACAUAGCGCAGCAAUAUUCGACGCAUACUGACCAUGGCGAGACGCGCAAUCCUCCCUUGCGAGAGGAAACUGCACUGUCGCCGUCGGGUAGGAUGAACGGAAAGCGAAAGAUUGGAGAAAUCGGCGAAGAGAUGAACGGAGAGUUUGAAGAAGGAGACGAGGAUGAGGAUGACCAACCUGCUAUGCGACAAAAGACGGCGCUACAAGGCUUCUCCGAUCUCUACCUCGAUACGAUUUCACGAAUCCGACUUGACUUCGAUUUUGAAAAAGUUUGCUCGGUAACCUUGGUCAAUUUCAAUGUCUACGCAUGUCUGACCUGUGGAAAAUACUUCUCGGGACGCGGUCCCAAGACCCCUGCAUAUUUCCAUGCAUUGGAAGAGGAUCACCAUGUGUACAUAAACAUGGAGACAAAGAAGGUUUACAUUCUACCGGAGGGCUACGAGGUCCAAAAUCAGAGUCUUGACGACAUCAAGGUGGUUGUUGAUCCACGAUUCCCCUUGGAUGAUGUCAAACGAUUAGACAAAGACUUCAAGCAGGCCUGGGACCUUCAGGGCAAGAAAUACAACCCUGGAUUUGUCGGUCUGAAUAACAUCAAAGCCAACGACUAUCUGAACGUAGUUGUGCAAGCGCUUGCGCACGUUGCGCCCCUCAGGAAUUUCUUUCUGCUUGAGGACUUGUCCCAGAGAUCGCAACUUGCGCAACGGUUCAGCAUCCUAGUACGCAAGCUCUGGAAUGCUCGAGCGUUCAAAUCACACGUGUCGCCGCAUGAGCUUCUACAAGAAAUAGCCAUGCGAAGUAACAAGAAGUACUCAUUAACCCAACAAUCCGACCCGGCGGAAUUUCUGGGAUGGUUCCUCAACAAUCUCCAUCUUGCUCUCGGCGGGAGCAAGACCAAGCCCCAGAGUUCCCUCAUACAGAAGAUUUUCCAAGGAACUAUGCGGGUGGAGUCACAAGCAAUCACCGCGCGUGCCGACGCAGGCGAUCGUCUUCGGUUCGAAGACGCUGAGAUAAAUUCCUCUACCAAGCCUUUCACGAUCCUUACUUUAGAUUUACCUUCCGCUCCGCUGUUUCAAGACAGCGUGGAGAAGAACUUCAUUCCGCAAGUCCCACUCACAACCAUCCUACAGAAAUAUAACGGCCUUACCUCCCAAGAACGCUUCAACACUCGCCUCCGCUACCGUCUGCAACAUCCUUUGCCUCCAUACCUGAUCAUGCACAUCAAACGCUUCGCAGCCAACUCUUUUCUCCCCACACAGCCUGGCGCAGGCUCUAAUACAGGCGCCGGUGCCGCCGAGCAGCGGAACCCAACAAUUGUCACAUUCCAUCCCCGCGCACUGGACAUGAGUCCGUACGUUGAACCAAAUCCCAAGAUCCAUCCGCCUGCUGAGCCCAUCCUUUACGAUCUCGUGGCCAACAUCACCUACGAGGGUGUGCGCGUGCGAGAUGACAGCGUGGAGGGCGAGGCCGAGCGGAAGGUCUGGAAGGUGCAAGUGCGGCAAGGCACGAUAGCGAACGGUGGUGAAGUGGAAUGGUGGUCGCUGCAGGAUCUCAGGGUGGAGAAGUUGAACGUGGAGUUAUUGACGAUCGAGGAGAGCUAUUGUAUGAUUUGGGAAAGGAGAAAGGUCGGCGCUGGGGAUAAAGGGAAAGGAAGGGCGUGAGUUGGCAAGGGAGCGAUUUUUGUGACUGUGGUCGGAAGAGUAAAACUAUUGUAUGCUGCUUGCUUGCACACCUGGGCAGAUGUAGAUUAUUGACGGAACAUGUUGGAAAUGGAGCGACGUGUUGCCAUGUGGCCAAACGCUUAUUAUGUUGCCCA